UGCGCGGGCGCUGGGAAAGGAGACGCUGCCCUUCCGCAGCGAUGGGAUCCCGGGUGAGCGGCAGCCCGGGCUGAGCACGCCGGGAAGACGACGGCGCCGCAGGCCCGGGACUGAAGCUUUCAGCGGGAGGGUGCCGGGCUUGCGCAGGAUACGAUACUGGUUGGCUGCGCAGGUGUCCGGGGUCAGCUAGACGAGAAGGGCCCGGGUUGGAAUGAGCAGCUUUGUGCAGGGUCCCUCUGGUAUGUGCGUCUCUGUCUUUCUGGGGCGUGGAUGGUGCCCAGGCCCCAGCCAGCAGCCAGUUGAAGACAUUCUUCUUGGGAACUCUUGGCCCUGAGGGCUCUUGCCUGGGGUGCUGGUCCUGCCAUGGCGUUCCGGAGGACUGAGGGCAUGUCCAUGAUCCAGGCCCUGGCCAUGACUGUGGCUGAGAUCCCUGUGUUCCUGUACACGACCUUUGGGCAGUCUGCAUUCUCACAGCUGCGGUUGACCCCAGGCCUGCGGAAGGUCCUCUUUGCCACUGCCCUGGGGACCGUGGCCUUGGCCUUGGCUGCCCACCAGCUGAAGAGGCGACGGCGGAGGAAGAAGCAGGUCGGCCCUGAGAUGGGAGGCGAGCAUCUGGGCACAGUGCCCCUCCCCAUCCUCAUGGCCAGGAAGGUCCCGUCGGUAAAGAAAGGCUACUCCAGCCGGAGGGUACAGAGCCCCAGUAGCAAGAGCAACGACACCUUGAGCGGCAUCUCCUCCAUCGAGCCCAGCAAGCACUCGGGCUCCUCGCGCAGCUCGGCCUCGAUGGUGGCAGUGAACUCAUCCAGCCCCACAGCUGCAUGCUCGGGACCAUGGGACGCCAGAGGGACGGAGGAAUCUGUGGCCACCAGUGAUGGCAAUGUGGAAAGCCUCUACAUGCAAGGCAUGGAGCUGUUCGAGGAGGCUCUGCAGAAGUGGGAACAGGCGCUGAGUGUGGGGCAGAGGGGGGAUGGCGGCGGCACCCCCACACCAGGGGACAGCCUCCGGAACCCCGAGACUGCAUCAGAGGAACUGUCUGAGCCCGAGUCACAGCGAAGGGAGUUUGCAGAGAAGCUGGAGUCCCUGCUGCACCGGGCCUACCACCUGCAGGAGGAGUUUGGGUCCACUUUCCCAUCUGAUAGCGUGCUGCUGGACCUCGAGCGGACCCUCAUGCUGCCCCUGACCGAGAGCUCGCUGCAUCUGCGGGCGGACGAUGAGGACAGCCUGACCUCAGAGGAUUCCUUCUUCUCCGCCACCGAGCUCUCUGAGUCCCUGCAUAUCGGAGAUUACCCACUCCCACUCUCCAGGCCCGCCGCUGCCUACGAGGAGGCUCUGCGGCUGGUGAAGGAGGGGAGGGUGGCCUGCCGGACCCUCAGGACAGAGCUGCUGGGUUGCUACAAUGACCAGGACUUCCUGGCCAAGCUGCACUGUGUGCGGCAGGCCUUCGAGGGCCUUCUGGAAGACAAGAGUAACCAACUUUUCUUCGGGGAGGUGGGCCGGCAGAUGGUGACAGGCCUGAUGACUAAGGCUGAGAAGAGCCCCAAAGGCUUCCUGGAGAGCUACGAGGAGAUGCUGAGCUACGCCUUGCGGCCUGAGACCUGGGCCAUCACACGGUCGGAGCUGGAGGGCCGUGGGGUGGUGUGCAUGAGCUUCUUCGACAUCGUGCUGGACUUCAUCCUCAUGGACGCCUUCGAGGACCUGGAGAACCCCCCGUCCUCGGUGCUUGCUGUCCUGAGGAACCGCUGGCUGUCAGACAGCUUCAAGGAGACGGCCCUGGCCACUGCCUGCUGGUCAGUCUUGAAAGCCAAGAGGAGACUGCUGAUGGUGCCCGACGGCUUCAUCUCCCAUUUCUACUCCGUAUCGGAGCACGUAAGCCCCGUCCUAGCCUUUGGCUUCCUCGGCCCCAAGCCCCAGCUUGCUGAAGUCUGUGCUUUCUUCAAGCACCAGAUCGUGCAGUACCUGAGGGACAUGUUCCACCUGGACAACGUGCGCUACACGUCAGUGCCAGCACUGGCAGAUGACAUCCUGCAGCUGUCCCGGCGCCGCAGCGAGAUCCUGCUCGGCUUCCUGGGGGCACCUGUGGCCUGCAACACUGGCCUGAAUGGGGUGCUGCCCCGCGAGAACGGGCCCCCAGAGGGGCUGCAGUAGUGGUGGGUGCAGGCUUGGGAGAGGUGGCUGCCUGGGCCUCACCCACACUGGGGGUGGUAGCGAGAAGGCCGCCUCUCCCCUCCUUUGGGUUGGCAUUGAAGGGCCCGGGUGGCUGUGGCUGUCAGCUGGGCACUUGUCCCUGACCUUGCCCUCCCCUUAAUCUGGGAAUCCUUGAGGCCUGGGGCGCAAAUUUCCUUGGAGAGGGAUGAAGUGCCUGGGCUGCCUGACUGCCCUCGGCUGUCCCUGGGGCGCAGAGGUGGCCCAGUGGCCUGUGGGCCUGCGGGAGGGGAAGGCGCUGUGAGGAGAGUUGGGACAGGCAGAGCUCGAUGCCCUGGGUGUGUGACCCCUGAACCUCCCACCAACCCAGGGCUGCUGGCAUGUGGCCCUGGGAGUGUGGAAGUGAAAGGUGGGGAGGCAGGGCUCUGUGCUAGGAGGAACUUGGGCGCACAACCUCAGAAUCCAGGCGUCUGGCCCCUGCCACCACCCUAGAGGGUUUGCGACUCCAGAGAGGGAGGGUGGGGGCCACAGAGUGUGGCUCGGGGGCACCUUGGUGGGCAGCAUGCUUUGGCCAGCCGGAGUGGGACAGAGUGGGUCUGCUUGCCUUGUGCUCAUGACUGGGUAGGUGCUGGGCCCAAAUCAAACCCAAGCGCUAAAAUAGGACUCUGUCCUCUGGCAGUCCCUCACCCUGCCAAAGAUCAUCAUUUCUCUUCCCACCUCGGCCAUCACCAAAGACGGAGGAGGUGUGGAUCGUCCUGCCCUCCUCCCCCAUGAGCCUGGACCUCCCAGCGUGGUGCUAGGCGCUGGGCCAGAGGCGCUGACAGGGUCGCCUCAGGCCCACCCCCUGUGCUGCCAUCAGUGGCGGCCGCAGGAGUGCAGGCGUCCAGGGACCAGGUCAGGAGAGGUCAGAGGCUGUGCGUGGCUGGACCAGCUCCCCAGCCCUCAUUAGGAUAAGAAACUUUGCCCAGCACUUGCCUUCAACUUGACGCACAAAUGCUCUCAAGCUGUGCAGCAGUACAGAGCCCGUGCAGACACAGCCCCUGUGGCAGGGUGCCUGUCAGCUCUGCAGAUGCACUUCUCCUACAGUGUUUGCACCUGAGGUGGAUGUUUUAUUUAUUGCCUUAAGAUUUUAUUUUGAGGUCCUGCCCCUUUCCAAGUGGAGAGACCUAUGUGAGAAACAGACAGCUCCUGCGUCUCCGCACUCCGGAGCUGGAGGUCAGGCUCCUCAGAUGGGGGCCCUCUCCCCUGGUGGUGAAGGGCUGCGGGUGGUGUGGGGGGGGAAGGGAGAGGGGCGAUGCUGGGCGAGGCUCCUGGUCUCUGAGCCCCUCCCCUCCUGCCUGCUCCCUUCCGCGACCCAGAUGGGAGGACUCUGUGCUAACCAUGGUUCUGGCUCCAAAGCCACCUCUCUGAGGUUGGUGACCAGGAGGGAACAGCCUCCUGGAAGGGAAGGACUCCUCCAUCCUGACAUUCCAUUCAUUUGCACUUACCCUGGGCUAUGAAUGUAAUCUUAGGCCUGGGCCUCGGCCCACUCUUAUUGCUCCCAAAUCACACACAUGUGGCAUUUUCAUUUUGUCUUUGUUUACACGUCCGUCACUGCCUCUGGCUCUUGAUUUGUUGCAGCUUCCAACUUUUGUAUGGUAGAGCGUGUGUGCAUCGACUUCACAUCAAAUAAAUGAUUUAAAAUGA